AUGAGGAAGAUGAGAGGAAGAGGAGACGAAGGACGAUACGUGGCGGAGGAGAAGAGAUCAUCACCACCGCAAAGGAAAGGCAUUAAGAGAUGGAGAUUUCGUUUGUGA